AUUGCUGUGUCCUAGUGCUUAGAAUACUAAUGGCACUCUCACUGUGAAAGGAGGGGGAGGAGCAUGAGUCAUGGGUAUCGAAAACACAAAAUGCACUUAAAGCUGGGGCACAGAUGUGCUUUGAAAGAACGAAGAGGAAAGGACGAUGGGCUUUCUGCUGCCGAUCCUUCUGGCUCUGUUAGCCUCUGUCUUAGGGGGACUCUACCUCCUGGGGGCCUUCAGGUGGUGUCGACCAGGGGAACCACCCCUGGACCGGGGCCCCAUCCCCUGGCUGGGCCACGUCCUUGAGUUCCGCAGGGACACAGCAAAGUUCCUGGAGAGGAUGAAGAGGAAGCAUGGGGAUAUUUUCACCGUACAGCUGGGAGGAUUCUACUUCACAUUCCUUAUGGACCCUCGGUCCUUCGGGACGAUUGUGAAGGAGGCCCGCACCAAACUGGACUUCAGCAAGUUUGCACAACAUCUGGUGCAGAAAGUGUUUGGUUACCACUCAGACCACAGGUUUCCUCAGAUGUCCAGCAACAAGCACCUGAUGGGGGACGGUUUAGUUGUCAUGACACAGGCUAUGAUGAGCAACCUACAGAAUCUGAUGCUGCAUAGUGUAGGGACGGGGGAUAAUAACCAUAUGCCCUGGAAUGAGGACGGUCUGUUCAACUACAGCUACAACAUUGUCUUCAGGGCAGGUUACCUGGCUCUAUUCGGUAAUGAGACACCAAAAUCCACAGAGAGCAUGGAGAAAGCCAGAGAGGUCGACAGAGUGGAGUCCCAGGAGCUCUUCCUUGAGUUCCGUAAGUAUGACCAGCUCUUCCCCAAUCUGGCCUAUGGGGUCCUGCCUCCAGGGGAGAAGAGAGAGGCGGAGAGGCUGAAGAGGCUGUUCUGGAACAUGCUGUCAGUGCAGAAGGUGAAGACCAAGGAGAACAUCAGUGUCUGGGUGCGCGAUCAGCAGCAGGAGAGGGAGGAGCACGGCAUGGAAGACUUCAUGCAGGACAGGUACAUGUUUCUUCUCCUUUGGGCCUCACAGGGCAACACAGGCCCUGCUGCCUUCUGGCUCCUUCUCUACCUCAUGAAGCACCCAGAUGCAAUGGGGGCUGUGAAGAAGGAGGUGGAGGAGGUGCUGAAGGAGACAGGCCAGGAGGUGAAGCAUGAAGACCCCUUUAUCGAUCUAACCCGGGACAUGCUGCAAAAGACGCCCAUCCUGGACAGCGCCGUGGAGGAGACACUCCGCCUCACCAUAGCCCCUGUCCUCACCAGGGCCGUACUCCAGGACAUGUCCCUUAAGAUGGCAGAUGGAAACGAGUACCGCAUCAGAGAAGGAGACAGAGUAGCCCUGUUUGCUUACACUGCCGUCCAGAUAGACCCAGAGGUCCACCCGGACCCACUCACCUACAAGUAUGAUCGCUUCCUGACAGCAGAGGGGGGUAAAAAGACGGACUUUUACAAAGGUGGGGAUAAAAUUAAAUACUACAACAUGCCGUGGGGUGCUGGGAUCACUAUGUGCCCAGGACGCUUCUUCGCCACCAAUGAGCUGAAGCAGUUUGUCUUCCUCAUGCUCACAUACUUUGACUUUGAGCUCAAGAACCCAGAUGAAACGAUACCUGAUAUUGACACCAAGCGCUGGGGCUUUGGGUCCAUGCAGCCAAACAGAGACAUCCAGUUUAGAUACAGACUCAGGUUUUAAAAAUGAGUGACUGACAAACCAGCCCUUGUCAACACUGAGUGUAAACUUCCAUCUCAUGAGCUGUUAAUCUGAUUUGGUUUACUAUGAACUAUCUUGUGCCUAAACAUAAAUGUGUCUGGAGUACCUAGUACCACAACAAGUGAUACAGUAUUAAAAUAACUGCUUAUAAUUGUUUUGUUUAUUCAGAGAGGACAAAUCAUCUACUUUUACUGUCUUUGAAAAUAUCUGGAAUGUUUAUGCUUAGAGUCAGCUGGAAAUAUUACAUUUUAAAAUUGAAAUCAGGUACUAUAUAAUAUUUUUGAGUGAUGAGUCACGAGGAAAUGGUUUGCAGAUAGUAUUAGAAACAUGUAGAAGACGUGUAGGAGACGUAUUCUACAAGAAACAAUAUCACUCCCUAAAAACGCAAUCCUUGGUAGCUUUUCUGAAUUCACAGAUAAAUUUUGAUAAUUGUAAAAAAUUAUCAUAAAAUCUUACAACAACAAAAAAAGAAACGCACAGAUGUUCAAAACCAAUUCCAUGUAGGAGAUGAAUUUACAUGUAGUUAAAGCUACUGUGUGUACUGUAUUCUUGCUUUUAUUAUCUUCAUAGUCUGGUUCACUCAUAUUCUGACCCUCAAGGACUGUCUAUGAUUGUGCCAAAAAUGUGUACUAUAAUAAUCAUUGCUGUUUUUGUAACAUUGUAAUGUCAAGCAUUUAAUCUUUAUGUUUUUCCUCCUUUCAAAUGUAAUAAAAUAUCCUUAUAAAUC